UUCUAUCCUGGAUAUAGUUGGAUCCCAUUGAAGCCAAAGUACUACACUAAGCCAUCAUCAGCCAUCAACUCGAGUGAGGACCCACUGCUUGGUGGUAGUAAUAUUUGGCAAAGAAAAAGUGGCAAACACAUUGAAAUUUGCCUACUCUUCUGUCCCCACGUAAUCUGACAUGGCCCAAAUUUCUGUGGAGGGAGGGACAUGAUUUUAUAAAGGGAAUUAAAAAGAAACCUGCUCCAGCUAUUGUAUUUUUGUAAUUUGAGUAUUAACAAGUAAUUACCAGUACGGGUAAUGUAAAUCAUGUGAGUAAUUCUUUUGAAAACAAGUGCAUUUCAUGCCAGUAAACGAUACAUAUCUUCACUUCAUUAUAGCAACAAAAUCAGUCACUCUCACUCAACACUCCCUUGAUCCUUGAACCACGAAUGGCUUCUCUCUGCCUCCAUCAUGUCCUGCCACUCUCCCUCCUCCUCUUCCUCCUCACCCCAUUACCUCGCGUUUCUAGCGUUGGCAUUAACUAUGGAACUCUAGGAAACAACCUCCCUUCUCCCAAGAAAGUAGCCCAGCUCCUCCAAUCCACGCUCAUAGAUAAAGUUAAAAUCUAUGACACCAACCCUGAAAUCCUUGAAGCCUUUUCCAACACUGGUAUAGACCUUAUUGUUGCCGUUGAAAACUACCACGUCGCAAACAUCAGCAAGGACGAGGCCGCAACGGACGAGUGGUUCGCGACUCGUGUGAUGCCCUUUAUACCAGCCACUUCCAUUGUAGCCAUUUGUGUAGGCAACGAGUAUUUAACCACAGAUGAACAUCUGGACCCUGAUGCACUGGUCCAAGCCAUGCAGAACUUACAUUCUGUGUUAUUAAAACGCGGUCUAGACCGCAAGAUCAAGGUCACCACCCCACAUAGCAUGGCGGUUCUUGCUUCCUCAUUUCCACCCUCAGCUUCAAUCUUUGCGACCAAGCUUCUUCCUACCAUGAGCUCUAUAGUUGGGUUCUUGGCUGAUACUGGUGCACCUUUCAUGGUCAAUGCCUAUCCUUAUUUUGCUUAUAGGGAUAAUCCCAGCACAGUUGAUUUAGAGUAUGCAUUGCUGGGGAACUCGACAGGGGUCCAUGAUCCUAAAGGUUACCUGUAUCAUAAUAUGUUGGAUGCGCAGAUUGAUGCUGUUAGGUCAGCUAUCGAUGCUGUUGGCUUUGGUAAUCUGUCGAUAGAGAUUACUGUGUCAGAAUCUGGGUGGCCUUCAAAAGGAGAUCCCGGAGACACUGCAGCUACUCCGGAUAAUGCAAAGACUUAUAAUACCAGGUUGAUUGAACGUGCGCAGUCUAAUAAAGGGACGCCCAUGAAGCCCAAGGAUAACAUAGAGAUCUUUGUGUUCUCUUUGUUUAAUGAGAACAAGAAACAAGGGAGUGCCAGUGAGAGGAAUUUUGGGAUUUUUAAUGGGGACGGGUCGAAGGUAUACGAUGUGGACUUGAGCUGCCAAUUCUGCAGCAAUGGAGGUGCAUUUGAGAAGAUGUCAACGAGUGGAGCUAGGGGUCCGUCAGUUUGGUGCGUGGCUAAGCCACAUGCCGAUGAAAAAGUGCUUCAAGCUGUGCUGAAUUUUUGCUGCGGGCCUGGAGGAGUGGACUGCAGGGAAGUUUAUGAAAGUGGUAAAUGUUUUGAGCCUGACAAGAUUCAUGCUCAUGCAUCUUAUGCCAUGAAUGCUUACUAUCAGAUGCACGGGAGGAAUUAUUGGAACUGUGAUUUCAAGGGAACCGGACUUGUCACCUUCAGUGACCCAAGUUAUGGAACAUGCCGGUAUCCUCAGCAGUGAUUCACACUGGAAUGACAAAUUAGGCUAAAUGUGGUUGACAGCUCCUUUGUACUGGUAGUGGUUGCUAGUAUUGUUGAUUUGAAAUUCAAGCAAUGUAUGUGAGAUAAGUUCACUAUUAUCUUAUGAAAUGAGUUCAGGUUUGGUGGCCGCUGAAAAACAAAAUUGAUUCAAUUUCCUUCGUAAGGAAAUUGAAUAUUUGGUCCUUUUUUUUUUUACCGUACCAAAAAAGAAAGGGUCUUUUUACAGAAUGAUAAAGUAGACAUUGGCACAUGGUUAAAGUGCCAGAAUUAAAGACUUUUCCAGUUGAAAAAGCUCUUCCUCUUUCUUCGGGCGGGAAUCUCGGCUUGGCCUGUGGACCCAUGAAUCCUGUGGCUAGGUCUAGGGACUGAGAAAAUGGGCCAUGAAUCUUGUGCCAGACCCAUAGUUUCCACAUACGCUUUUGUCCGGACUCCGGAGCCAAGAGUUUUUUUGUGCCUUCGGUGAUCAUUGGAUUCGAUAUAACAAAUGAUAGCUCUUUACCAUAGUCUCCGAAUUCCAUCAUCAUUAGCUCAAAAAAUAAUAACUUAAUUAAUUAAACAUGCUAACCCCUUUAGUCCCUUAAGACAUCAAUCAUCAAUGGCAGGCUGAUUAAACGUAAUUCAUUUCCUCAUGGGACACCAGUGAAAGAUUAUCUCCGCAUCUCUAUAGUAGAAAACCCACAUAAAAAGCUCCACUUACUUUAGCCAACAAUGCUGACUCUCAGGAACCUUUCUUUCGAUUCAAGAACUAUAGUUAGUGACAAGCCAAUACAGAAUACAGCGUAUUAAAGGCGCAUCCCCGGGAGACCUAAUAAGUCAGCAAUGCUUUGCAUGCAAGGCAAAUUGGAGUCAACUUGGUUAUGAAAAAUGAAGGAAUUACAGAAUGUUUAGAUGAUAAAUAUGAAUGAAAAUGACAUGUUAUCUCUAGAAGUUCAACUGUGGUUGUUUUUGUCAAUUACUGCGCCGAAUGAAAACUCAGCUGUAAAAUCCUCUGUUUGAAGAGAAAUGAAGCCAGAAGCAGUUAGCUGCCGGUAUGGACCGGGGAAGGAAGAUGGAACUAAUGAAAUCCAAGUUUCACCCGCGGUAUUAGUUAAAUCUUCUUUUCAACUCGCAUUAAGGAAUAUUCUCUCUCCUAUUUGCAUUUAUCGUGUAUACAUAUAAUAAUCGUUCAAAGUCUGAUUUGAUCAUGGACUAAACCAGUGCCAAUAAAAGGCCAC